CAAAGUAGAUGCGAGGAUCAGCAGAACUUUUCGCAGUUGGAUAGACAGAGCAUAUUUCAAAAGAAGUAAAGGAGUAGAAGUAAAGUGGAGCUGAAUUUCAUUCCAGGAUGAAGAUUCUCAUCAUCGUCAUCCUCUACAUUAUCUCAGGUCCAGUAGACUGCUCUGAUGUGAUUGGUUACUCAGGAGGAAGUGUCAUUAUAAUCUCUAAUAUAAAGUGGUACGACCACAAUAGUAAAUAUAUUUGUAAGGUGACAGGAAAAGACUGCACUGAUAUAAUACGUGCUGACACCAAACGCCACCAAGUUCACGAUGGAAGAUUUAUGUUGUAUGCAAACACAAAAAACUUCUUCUUAAUAUUGAUCAGAAAGCUGAAGCCACAGGAUGCUGGAACAUACAGAUUUGGUUUGGGGAAUCAGAGCAACUCCACUGUGAACCUAAAAGUUCAUAAUAAUGCAUCUUGUGGGGUGCCAAAAAUAAUGAACGCUUAUCUUGGGCAAAAUAUCACCAUCACCUGUAAAUAUCCAGGGGAGUAUGAGAGAAACAGCAAAUAUGUCGACUCAGUGGAUGACGACAGUAAAAUCAAAGUCAUUCUUAAUUCUAACACAAAAUUCCAGAACGGCAGAUUCUCCAUUUCUGAUGACAGAAGUGCUAAAGUUCUCAGUGUGAACAUCAGCGACGUGAGAGAAGCUGAUGAAGUAUUUUAUUUAUUUGGCGUGUGGAACGGAGCAGGGUCAGUCAGAUAUUACUCCUACUUUACAGAGAUGUAUCUACAUAUUACAGGAUUGAGCACAACCAUUCAACCAGUAAGAGCCACCUUUAUGAUGACAUCAGCAGCACUGAAAGAAAUCCCUUCUGCAGUGUAUUUCAGUUCCUCUGUCACCAUCAUCAGUAUCAUCAGUGUGUGUGUCUGUGUGGCUCUGCUGCUGAUUGGAGGAUUUGCACUGAUCUGCAAACUGAGACACAAGAGAACACAAGGUAGUGCAAGUUUCAGCACUGUUAUCCAUGAGGAAAGACUAUAAACAAGUCUUGCUAGCUCCCGAUGAUGUUGAUGAUGAAGACGUUCACUCGCCUCUGGUUCUAUCGCUUCUUGUUUGUGCUGUGGAAUUCUGUAGUGUGCCUGUGUUCACUUUCUUUAUAGGACUGUGAUUUGCACAACCAUGUUGAUCACAAAUCAGUGCUAGAUUGAUCACAGAUGUAGCUUCUGGAAGACCGUCUUUGUUUUGCUGAAUUUCUGUUAUGAAAUGUAAAGUGGCCUUAUGUAAAAGAAAUUCUAUAUAAAAAUGAAACAUUAUGAAUACACUAUUAUUAUUAUUAUUAUUAUUAUUAUUAUUAUUAUUAUUAUUAGUAAACUGCACUCUUCACUCUUAGUGCUUAUUUAAUUGGUUCUUAACAAUUUAUAGUUUAUGUCAUGAUGCUACUUAUUAUUAUGGUCUAUUAGUAGAAGGUACUUUAUUCAAUUUUAAAUGCUUCUAAAUAAUGUAUAUUUGCUCUAUGCAAAUUUUGCUUUUCUCUGUCAAUAAAGUCCCAAACUGUGCUUCAAA